AAUUGAAAUGUAGGUGAUGUUUUGUGAAGUCAUUCUUAGUAGUAUUUAUUUUCAAUUGAAAAUUAUAAAAAAAAAUUUAUUAAUUGAGAGCUAAUACAUUAAUUCUUUUGAUUAAGUAUUGAAAGUUUAAAAAUCAAUUGUUUUAAUAUAUUAUAUUACAAAAUCACAAAUAGGGUUUAAAUAUCCUAUAAAAAUACAAUAACAAACUGAAAUUAACUGUCAAUACCGCGAUCUACCAGUUUUUUGAUCUUAUCAAAUAUCGAAUUUUGACAGGCCAAAACGCUCUUCUUUUUAAAACGUUGCCAUUUUGCCAAUUUUUGUUUUUUUUUCGACCGUAGGUCAAUGUACAAACAAUAUCUUCUAAACGAGAUUUUUUUAGGUUAUAUCCAUCUAGAAAGCCGAAAUCACUGCAGCAGUAAAAGAACUUUGAUUAGCAUCGUCGGAGAUCGGCUGUAAGUGGAAAAAUAUUAAAUUUUUUCCUUCCAAAAUUGUUUCUGCGUAUUCUUCAAAUAUGUAAAAAUGAACAGUUAAAAUUUAAAAACAAUUGAUAUAGAAGUUUUUUUUUUCAAUUCCCAAAAAUCGCACUUUUUUACACACUGUCACACCGGCAAUUUCCGGUAUUUCCAGACAGUAAGUAGUAAGGGAUUUUAUGAGUCCAUACUAGCGCUUUUGUCUUAUUAUCCAAUUCAGGUUACUAUAUCCGAAGCAUUUUUUUUGGAAAAUACAGUUAUCUAGCACAGUUAGAUGCGUUCAUCGAUAGAAACAAACGUCCUUUUAAUGCCUACUUUUGGCAUUCAUUUCACCAAUUUUUGUAGCAGAAAUGUUGUCGAACAAUUAUUAAUUUAAACAUAUGCCUACGGGCUCGCUGUGACCUACGUUUUGCACCUACUAAAUGCCUGCAGCACCCACACCAGGCGCGCUCUCUUCUAUGCUCCAUGCGUUACCCUCACUACUCCUGUCUCACGCCUACUUACUCCCAUUGAUAACGCUGUCUGUAGCCUUGUCUUCGCAGCAGGCGCUGCUCGCUGUGGUUUAACCCAUUGAUUUUUAUUGCCAACGUCGCAAAAACGCCUCGUCGUCCUCUGCUCAGUCGCUCACGCAUAAUUUACAUGCGUCUCAGUGUGUGUUUGUGUGCUUUUGUUUUGUUUUUGUGUCUGUCUGUCGAGCUCAAUGCGUUGUUGUUAUUUUGAUUGUCAUUACUGUUCUAGUUAACUGUUAUUUGUAGGCUUUUGUAUUGUUGUUAAGUCAUUUUAUCCACGUAAUUGCUAGCUGGCUGUGUGCGCCUAUAAAUAUACUAUAGUUGAAAUGGCGCUGCUGUCAGUGGGUCUGGUAUCCGGGUAUUGUACGUAUUGGUAUUUGUUAUUUGUAUGUUGUUAUUUUUGUUGUUGGUAUUCAAGUUAUUUCGCCUUUGCCGUUGUUGCCGCCAUUAUUUGCGGUCGUAUUUCUAGUGGCUGCUGCUUUUUAUGGCUCGCGUUGCUAUUUUUGUUGCUGGCAGACAGUUAGAUAGACAUCGGGUUCAAUGAAGUUAACAUUUUAGCAAACAUACAUAUGUACAUACACACACGCUUAGAGCAUGUAGACUUGUAUCCACAUGUAGAAAGAGGCAUGAGCUCAGUCGCGUCGUUGCCAGCUGUUUUAAAUUAUAUAUAUCUUUUUUAUAUUUUUAAGAAAUUUUUUAUUCAAGAACCGCACUAUUUUUGGAGACUUUAGAAAACUGUUUUAAGAGCGCUCCAAAGAUCUUGAGGAGCACACUUCUCUCGAAUGCUUCAAGUGCUUGCUUUUUUAAUGACAGUUUGACAGUACCUGCAUUUGAGCUAUUCGCUGUGAUAAAACUUGUCUAAAAUCCAUAAAACAAAACUGGUCUAAAACAUUUGUAACAAAUUUGGUCUUGGAACCAUUGAAGUUAUACCAUGAUUAUACUAAAUUGUAUAGUUAGUUUGAGACCAGCAGUAACCGAAAUUUCCCGAUGGAGAAUUCCAAAUUUUGUAAAAAUGUUAAAAAAAAAGGUUUCAAUAUAUCUGGCAACUCGUAAAAUCCUUACCACCCAUCAUCCAUCAUCCAAUAAUCCUAGCUGACGAAACCGAAUGCAGUCACCAACCACACCGAAAUUUUUUACAAGCCCAUAUGUAUGUAUCUGUAUGCAUGUACAUAUCAAAAUCUAAAUUCGUUGCAACAAAAGCAGACAUGAAAAAAGCGUAAAUAGAAAACAACAAUAGUUGUGGUGUAAGCGUAUUAGGAACGGGCGGACAUAACUGACAAAGGAUAUAUAUUAGGGUGUGUCAGUUUACACCGAAACGGGUAUAUUGAGCCAUAAGGUUCUAAUAUCCAGUAAGAAACGUCGGAUACCCUAUAAUGUAUUGUAUAUAUAUAAAUGGUCAGCGUGACGAUCUGAGUCGGUUUAGUCGAGUCCGUCUGUCUGUCUAUACGCGCAUUAGUCCCUCGGUUUUUGAGUUAUCUUGAGUUAUCAUGUUUCUCCCCCAAAAAGCUGUUGAUUUAUAUAUAUAUAUUUUUUUUAUAUGACAAGAUAUCUUUACGAAAUUUAACAUGGUUUCUUGUUAAAUUCCAAGGCAACGCUACAAUCUCUUAACAAAUUGUUCAGAUCUAACACUAUAAGAUAUAGCUGCCUUACAAUUUUUGAAGAUUCACAUUUGAGCAUUGUAAAAAUUAACCUUUUUAUUUAGUUGAAAAAAGUUGAUUUUAAGUGCCACACCUUAAUAUACAUACCAUCAAUGUAUCAGUGUAGGAUCUGCUACUAGAGCGGAUGUGCCAAUGAACGAACGAAAUAACUGCCAGCCAUACAAACAGAACGACGUAAGGACGGCGUAACAAACACUAUUCACUCAGCAACAAGGAGCACCAAUUAAGAGCGCGAUGACGUUGAGCUACGUAAUUGUAGCACAAACGUGAAGUACACAUAGAAAAAAUCUAGUAAUCGUUUGGAUACGUUACGCUUUGCAGACGGCGCUACAUUUGCAGUGAAAAGAGCGCGCUAUGCUGCGAAAUGUGGCCAGGUAAGAGCAGAGUUUAGCGUAAAGAGCACGUAACAAAAACGCUCUGCAACCACACACACGCGCGGUGACAAACAUUACCAAGUCAGCAUGCAAUUCCAUAGUAGUUGCAUGUUACGCACGCUACUUCGUACAAUUCAUUCUCGUUGGCGCUGUGUUGUCUGCUGGGCAAAAUAACGCGAACGAAAACGUGGAGCAGUUAAGUGUGUGUACGCAGCUUCACGAAUGUGCCAGGCCAGCACACACGAGACGAGCAGAGUGCCUAUAUAAAACGGCAUAUCAGCAGUGGCAGCGCUGUCAUUCGCCGGCGGUGCUUACAACCAGUGUGUAUACGGUUUAAAAGGUGCGCGCAAAACGUCAGUUCAACUAAAUAAAACAACGAAAACGUCAAAAAAAGCGAAAAAAAAAAACAAAAAAUCAUAUACAAAACAAAGGGCGCUGGCAAACUUAACUGUGGCUGCUGGUUGCAGUGCAGUCGCGACCAAGUGACUUGAGUCCAUAAACUCCAAAAGUGAACACUGCUAAUUUGAAAUUGUAACAUACAUACGUUCAUACAUAUGUGCAUAAUAUCAUACAUAGCUAUCAAGCAAAAAAUUUAAGACACAGCAAAAUAAACAUUGUAGUAAUUUUCUUUGUGUUUUGCUAAAUACGCGCAGUUUGAUAGACACUGGAAGGCAGGUGUGCGGGAAUUUCGCGCUGCCAGCAGUGCUUCGACAUUUAUUAUAUUAUUAUUAAUAUUCAUUUCUUGUGGCAAAUCAUAAACCACUGACUGGUGACUGGCUGUUAUCGCUUUUGUUUAUUAUUAUUAUUAUAUUGUAUACAUGAAAACAUUUGAGCGCUGAUGCGACGCUUCGAGUGCAUUUGUGUGCGAACAACGUGUGCUCCACUUUUGUGCGUAAGAAGAAGAAGCAGCAGCAACAAUAGUUGAUUGCAGUAGCGCAAAUUAGCUGCAAUACAAAAACAAAAACAAAACUCAAGUGAAGGCAUAAACAAAACAGUGUUGUAUUAAAAAUACAAAAAAUAUAACAAAUAAAGCAAAUAUAGUGCAUUAAGCCAAAGAAGGUGCGUUAAAGAUAAUUAGAAAAGGCGUGUAACUAGUGCUUUUGACAAGCAUAAGCUGAGGGUAUAAAUUUGAGCGCUUAAAAAAUUAAGACAAAAAUGGAUACAGACAACAAAAAGCCUUUUAAGAUCAAGGAUGUGACGCGCAAUAUCAAAAAAGCCGUUGUGGCUGCCACACUCGAGGAAUUGCGCUCAAAGGUAGCUGAAAAAUUCGAUCAUGUCGGCGAUCAGCCGCCAACCAUACAUUUGGACUCCGAUGGCACGGAAAUCGAUGAUGAGGAGUAUUUCCGUACGUUGGAUGAGAACACAGAGUUGAUUGCAGUAUUUCCAGGCGAACAUUGGAUUGAUCCUACUAACUAUGUCACCAUCACCAGUCAUCAUCGCGGCAGCAAUAGCGGUAUUGUUGGCGGCGGCGUUGGUGUUGGUGUUGGCAGCGAGCAGCUUGGUGAUACCACCGAUGCUGUAGCCGAGACGGCGCGUAUCAAACAAUUGGUCGGACAACUGCAAAACAAUCUGUGCAAUGUAUCGGUGUUGAGCGAUCCGGAUUUGGAUUCUUUGUCGAACAUGGAUCCCAAUUCGUUGGUGGACAUAACGGGCAAGGAUUUUAUGGAGCAGUUGAAGGAUUCAGGCAGACCAUUGUGUGCAAAGCGAAACGCUGAGGACCGAAUUAACCUGUUAAAAUUGCUGCGUGAGGGCGCCAUCUUUUGCUCCGAACGUUAUCCGGAGGAUGCGGAGGCCAUUGACAUGGAGAUUAGUAGGCAGUUGAAUAUGGAUGUGGCGCAAACAACAACCACGGUGACGACUAAUACAAACACAACAACAACAAUUACAGCGAAUACAACCACAGUUAAUAUUGGCGUAUUAACGGCACAACAACAGCAGCAGCAGCAACAACAACACCAACAACUACAACAGACUAUUACAACAAACAAGACAAUCGAACAAGUGCAAAGUGUGGCAGCGGCGGCAGUGGCGGCGGCAGCAGCUCAGCGCCGAGCAGCAAUGGAGGCGCAAAUGACCUCGGUGGAUGUGGUGACCAUUGUGGAGACGCAUGCGGCAGCAACAACAAACACACAAAAUAAUAAUAAUCAGCAGAAGAUGACAACCGCCGGCAGCAACAACAAUAACAAGACAAACGAUAUUUGACUACCGAUUUUUAGUAGCAUAACUUGAAAUUUAGAGAGCGUUUAUAAAGAGAAGGGUUAAGAGCACGGCAGCAGCAUGGGGGAGCGCAGCGCUACUAACAGUUGUUGCGCAAUUGAUGGCGGCAAAACAGUGCUGUAUUGGAUGUAAUAUUUACAGUUAAUGUGCGAAUUAUAUGUAUUUAUAUGCUGCUGAAACAAUAAAACAAAAACAAAUUAAAAUAAUUUUUUGAUGCUCGCAAUGUUGCCAUCGUACUGCUGGAAGCGGUGGAAGCGUAAAGAAUAACUGUAUAACUAAAAAAAAAAAAUUAUAAAACUAAACAAACACUUUGAAACGCGACGCGAUCAGUCACGAACAGUGUUUAGCUAGAGUUAAGUGCUUAUGUGCGUAGAAUAUAUGUAACACUCAAAAAUCAUGAGCCGUUAGCUGGGUGGAGCAUAUAAAUGAAAGACAUAACGAAAAAGCUCAUUAACGAAUUAUAUUUACGGCGCUAGUAUAUCAGUUAGUAUGUAGCUCAUAUUGUAAGCAGCACUUAUUUUUGUUAGCUUUUUCACAAAAUAAACUCACUCAUAUCAAAAAAAAAAAAAUAAUAAAACAACACACACUUACGCAAUAUAAUUGAAUCUCACACUCACCCAUUACAGUGUAGACUAUUAGUAAUGCGCACCGUUAUGCACAGAUGUCACUCAGCCUGGCGCACUUACUCAUUGAAUCACUCAAUUUUCUCUUCAAUUAUGAGUUGAAAUUAUUUUAAAUCAAUAGCUGAUAUAAUAACACUUAUUUAAAUGCAUUAAUUAUGAAAACAUUUUCUUUUACAAUUCUACAACAAAUUCAUUGAGUCACUUUUAGAAAAAUAAUUUUUACUAAGCUACUCAGUUUAAGUAACUAGUUAAAAAAUAUUUUUUCUAAAAGUGACUUAUUGAGUUUGAAGUCUAUUCAUACAUGUGCACGUUUUACUCAACGUACUUAUUUACACAACUUCGUGGUAUCAUUGGAUUUUUUAUCACUAUGAAAGCACUCAAAAAUUUCAUUUCACUUAAGUGAUUUAUAAUUUUGCAAAAUACACUUGUAUAACUUAUUUUUUAUUAUUUGUUAGUAAAAUAAUAAGUUUCUAGUAGAUUCGCUGCAUCAAUACAUUAUACACCUCAUUUAUCACACUUAAUUAAAAAUAUAGAUUUCUCACUACAUAUAAAAUUGUUCAAUUAUAUUUUUUAUAUUAAAGGUGUUGCUAUUUUAUACUAACUUUGAACAAUUUAAAAAUAUUUAUUUUAAAUUAUUGACUGCAUAGUGUCAUUGCCUUUUUUAUAACUAUAAAAUCACUCAAAAAUCUCAUUUCACUUAAGUAUUUUGUAAUUACAACUAAACACAUUUUUAAGAUGUAUUUCUAUCAUACAUUCAUUAUCAUCGGUAAUCACAAAUAUGGCUUUCUCACUCAAAAAUCACUCAAGUAUUUUAUUUAAUAAUUAAAGAUAUUGCAAUAGGUUGUUUUCUAUUGAUAACUUACUUCAUUAAUACAUUAUUCACUACAUUUAUCCUAUUUAAUUAUAAGUUUAGAUUACUCACUCAAAAUAUCACUCAACUAUUUUAUUUGUAAAUUUAAGAUAUUGCGUUGAUCUGAUACUGCUUAGAUAUCAGUAUUUCUUUUCCAGGUAUACAGCAUUUCUGUUAUCACUCAAUUCAUACAAUUUGUUGAGUGACUUAUGAGAAAAUGGUUCUUUAUUGGACAAAAAUUAUUUAAUUUGUCGUUCACACUCAUUUAGCAGUCUUUACAUACUUUGAUCAACGAUUUAUGGUGGAUAUAAUAUAUAUGAAUUUUUAAAAUAAUUUCUCAUAAUUAAAAAUUUAAAAUCAAAUUUUAUUUGUUUCUAAUUAACAAAACUCACUCAAUUUGAGUUAAGCGAUCAUAUACAUUAUAAUAUCAAUUUUUAAAUGAAUAUUCUUAAUAUUUGUCAAAUUUAAAUAAACAUUUCUCAUUUAAUUAUCUCUACUUAUCAUUGAUUUCACACGACAUAAUUUUUUUAUUUAUUUCUAAUUUAUAAACUCACUUAAUUCGAAGUAAGCCAUUAUUCAUAUUGAGUUAUGAAUUUUUAAAGUCCAUAUUUUUAAUAUAUUUUAUAGUAGGCACACACUUAUGGUACAUGAAAAAAAAAAACAUGUCUCACUCAAUUAUCUUUACUUAUCAUUGAUGUCACUCAAACAUAAUACUCAGUAUUGAUCGUUGUGAAUGAUCGUAUGCAAACAUUUUAAUGUUAAUUGUUUACGUAAGGGGUAAGUAACGUAAAAUACCGUAAAGCAAACUGAAAGCAAAUAAAACCAAAGAGAAAAUAGCAUCACAAUGUUAACAAUGAGCGUAACAUACAAACUUAUUCAAAAUAGUAAAAUGUAACUUUAUGCCAUAGAUUUUACAAUUUUACAAAUAAAUGUACUUACAACUAACCCGCAGCUAUUGAUGACUAACAUUUAGAUAUAUAUUAGUGCAUAGUUACAAGUAUGCAACUCCAAAUUCAUGCAACCCUGUGGCAAUUAGAUUACGACUCUUUACAAAUUAGAUAAUACUUACAUGAAACAAAAAUGAUGAAAUGAUGAUCAUGAAAAGCAGCAAAAUAUACAAAAAGUUAUAUGAAAAGAGACGGCAAUAAUUAACCAAUAUAUUCAAACCGAAUUCAAAACUUAAUAAACACUCUCAAACAUACUCAAACUAUACUAAGGAAUUUUCCAAAGAAAAGUAGACACAACAAGCGUUUUAUGUCGGUAAUGUGAACGUAAUGACUUUAAGCGACACGCUGUUUCUUUGUGAGCGUACGAGAGCAACGUUGGUAGUCGCAAGGUCACGCUUUGGUCAUAAAAAGUAAGUGAGGAGGGAUAACGUUGGCUACAAAAAAGUCAAAUAACGUACAUAAGUUAGCGUAUCAAUUAAGUUAGAUGUCUGUAAACGAAAGUUAACGUAACGUAAAAGUUAAAGGAAAACAGGAAUUAAGAAAAAACAAAAGAGAAAAAAAAACGAAAAACAAUUAUACAUAUAUAAACAUAAAAUACAAAAUGGCAGAUUCUAGCAAUGAAAAUGUAUUAAAAAUAUAAGUAAACUUAGAAAGAUACAGCAAAACGGUAUAAAAUCAUAAGUAAGCUUAAAAGCAGCUUUUAGAUUGAAAAAAAGUUUGAAAACUAACAGAAAAAUAUUGUUAGCCGAUAUCUGUAAGUAUAGUAGGAAGAUAGCAGCAGUUACACAAAUUAAACUGGCUUAAAAUGAGUAAUAAUGAUUUUCGUAGCAUAGUAAUAACGUUUGCACUGUUAAUAGCUUAACAGUUAAAUGGACAAGUGAAACACAGCGUGACACCAGCAAUUUAUUUUAUGUUUUGCUAUAAAUUAGCUAAAUUCGUUUCUGAUUUGUAUUAAAAAAUAACAAAAACCCAUUUUCUAGAAGCGAAUUUAACAGUUAGCAGCAUUAUAAAAUAUAUAUGCACCUUUUUGUUGACUUGCUCUGUGAAAUGUUUGUAUAAAAUUAGGAAAUUUGUUUUCAGUUAGAAAGCGCCGGUUUUGUAGUGUUGGUCCAGCGCCAUUUGAAGCUGGCAAUGACAAGCAAAAAUAUUUCAAAUUCAAAACUUUCACAAAACAAGUCAUUUUUUUUUGUGAUAAGAGGUUUUGCGGUUAAGCGACUAUACAAAUGGGUUAAUUAUUUUCAAAACUGUUUGACAGCACCAUAAUCUCGGUAUUAUCGAAAAUGUUCAGCUCUUUUUGAAAAAAGUGUGAAAAAACUGGUAUGGAUGCGCAGAGGAAGUUUAAAAAUAAGUUAAGUUUGGAAAAAUAUAUUUUAUGCAUUUUUGGAAAUGUCUGCAGUUCUUUAGUUUUUGAGAUAUCUAUCUGAAAUAUUGCACAUGAUCUUUUCUCACCAAGAAGCUGUUCGUUUUUCGGAACCAUCAAUAUACGACAGCUGUUGGAUGUAGCUGUCAUACAAACCGAGCGUUCAAAAUCAGGUCUUCGUAUGGAAACGUUUUACAAAUAUAGUUGACACGAUAUGUUUACGAAAUUUGGCAUAUAUUGUCAUCCAAGACAGCGUUACAAAUUCCGAACAUAUUGAACAAAUCAGACUACUAUAGCAUACAGCUGUCAUACAAAUUGAAGGAUCGAAUAGAUCAAGAUAGAGUUCUUUUUGUAUUAAAACAGCAGCCGAAGUAAACUUUUUUCUUGUUUCUCUUACCGUUGUGUUGCUUUUCAGUAAAUUAACCUCAAAAUAUACAAAUUGAAGAAAAAUUCCUACAAAAUGUUUUUACAUUACAUUUUUGUACUUCAAUACCAGAGUUAAGGCGUGUAGCUAGAGACAAAGUAUACUUAAAUGUAAUUACUUCAAGUCUUAUCCUCUCUCAUGCUAAACAAAUGUGCGUCUAGCCAGCCAUCACACACACAAAAUAAGCUACUAUGACACCUCGACACGUGGCGUUAUUUCAAGGUCUAUGUUAACAAAGUAAUUAACUUUAUUGCACAAAUAUUAAAAAUUUAACAUAACUGCAGAUUAUGAGUUAUGCGCUUUGGCAGCCUUCUAAGUCCCAAGUGAAUGAGUGUUUGUGUGGUGGAUUAAUUGGAUUUUAGAACAGCUGUCAAAGUGGAUUGUAUUCGUGACAUGCAUUUAAUUAGACUUUGUUUGUUAAGAAUAUAUUGAUUAUGGACUGCAAAAAUUGCUUUCGUAUAAGCGUCGUGAAGUGGUGGUAAUUUACCGUCAUUACGAGUUAAAGGUUAGGAGUGAACGAAAUUUUGAGGUUAGCUGAGAUACAGUCUGUCAGUGGUCCGUUUGUUUUUUUGAUUUGAACAAUAAUUUGGCCGUAUUGUAGACGUAAGUUUUUUUUGGAAAAUUUUGAAAAAAUUCAUAAUACUUUUUUAAAGUGUAAAAAAAAUAAUAUUAAUGUUAAAUAGUUUAAAUUUGCCAAAAAAUUCCUUGGCGCAACAAAUAACACCCCAAACGCUGCCGUCAAAAAAUGAGAACUAAAGUUGCAUACUACAGUAGGAGUAUUUAGCAAAAUUAAUCGCAAUUAUGGUGUUGAUAUGCAUUAAAUUUUCAUUAAAUUAGCAAGUGAGUGUAUUUUUGCAUUACUUUUGCGUAAAUAGUUAUUAAAUUUACACAUAUUUUUACAAGUAGCACGUUUUUUCAAUUUCACAAUUAGCUAAUGGAAAGUAAUUAAAAUUAUUUUCACUGAAACAUUUACGCACACACACAACAACAACAAUAAUAAUAAAGCACACGAAACUUUUUUCAUACGCAAAUUGAGAAAUUUAUAAUUACAAACGCAAUUUAUAUUAGAUAUGCGGUGGAAAACUAGGUUUGUAGCAUUGCCAGACUUUUUAUUAUAUGUACCGUUAUAUGCAUUUUUAUGUAGACUAUGACAUUGAUCACCACUAUAAAAAUAAACACUAAAUUUGUUCCUAAUAAGCAGCUCUUACAUAUAUACUUAUUACAAAUGUUUUGCAAAUUUUAGAUUUAAAUUUCUUAAAAAUUUCGCUAAUCGCACAGUAAAUAUUAAUUUAUACAUAUUUUAACAAAAUGUACAGGGUGGUCUCUAUAAGUAUUCAUUGAAAAAGUCAAUUUUCCAUAAUUUGUGAAAAAUUAUUUUGUUGAUAUGGUAACCUUGGCGGUUUUAAAAUUAAUUUUUUAAAUCAUUAGUUUUACUUUUCAAAAGCCGCUAAAAAUAGUAAAAAAUUUCCAUAAUUUGUGAAACAUAAUUUUGUUGAUAUGGCAACCUUGCGGUUUUAAAACCAAUUUUUUAACCCUCUAGCUUUUGAACUUUUAAAAAGUUGCUAAAAAACUGUAAAAAACAGCUACAAAACAGUGUAAAACUUGCAAAAUUUCUAAAACACAAUUUAUGUGGAUGUGGCAACCUCAGCUGAUAUAAAACGAAGGUUUUACGACCAUGGUGACCGUUAAUCUAUUCCACAAUUUAAUAUAACCCAACUAAAAAAGGUCUACAGUCAAUUCGCAACUCCGAAGGAGACUAUUAACCGAAAAUAAAGAUCAUCCAAGUUCAUAACUUCCGAUUUCGUUCAUCAAAAAUCCAACUUAAAAGCGCUAUAGCACUCACUGUUAAUCAGAAUGACAUUUCUAAAAGAAAUUUUUAUAAAACAGAGUUCUGAUAAUUCCAUUAUUCUAAACGAUUACUUUCUAAGCAAUUUUCACGACAGUCGGGUCUAUGUAACAGGCUAUGCUAGGUUAAGUUAUGUGGCUUAUGCCAAAAGAGGAUCCUACUUAGAGUGUUAUGUCAGAAAAAGAAUUCUUGUAAGUAGAUUUUAAGUGUCGACACAGCGUCUUGAAUUAUUUAAAAAUUUGCUUAGGUGUCUUGUUCCAAGCAGCUUAUACAACUGGCAUCCGAUAAGAUGUUUAACUUUAUUACACACCAAUAAGACAAUGGCCAGUUAGGACAAUUGCUAUUAGGAAAGCCUAACCUAACCUUACUAGGCGCGGAAUUCGGACAGCACAAUUGAGAUGCCUACUGUCACAUCUAUCUUGCGCACGUUCAGUCAAUACGAGAUUACAUACUCACAUCACGACAUCCUCUUUGGUAGACGUUUUCGAUAUCCGGUUCCGUAUGCAGGACCUAAGCGCUCCUUGAUUUCCCUUCCAAACACAAAUAGACACUUUUGUUCUUUUUCCAUGCUCAGCGCAAAAAGCUCGCUGGUUCUUUUGCGAUUUACAACAGUCACGAGGAAUCUUGUGAUUGCACAAGUAUCGAUAGUUGCUCAGCGCCCACCAAGCUCCCGUAGUAGUAACAGGAGCAAGGACAGCGGAGCUCCCAUCUGUACCUAUUCCAACGACAGCGAGAGGUUCUCGUUCAUUUCCUUGCCAACUCAUCAGCUUUACGGUUAUCUGCCAUGGCUUGGUACCCAAAUUAGCCUUAUCCAGCACUAAACCGAUGCCGUUGUUAAUGAGGUUUGGCAUUGCUUAAACAGGCUUGAGCGCAUGGUCUGUGAGUUCAAGGUUAGUAUUGCCGGUCUACUAUCAGUGUGGAUAAGCGUGCGUAAAAAGAAUGGCCAAGGGCUAUAAAUUCGACAAGCUGCCUCAAAAUUAUUUGUGUUAAAUUUGUUCGUCGCUACAACAACAAACACUAUCAGUCUCGAAAUUUGUUUAUCCGAUUUUCUUAGCGUCGGUUUUUAUUGUCGUAUAAGCUAUCGAAAUUCAAUUGAGGUUUGACCGAAUUUUUACGAAGCAGGAUCUAAUACAAAAAUAUAUUUAUUUUCUUGUGUAAGGCUUUUAAGUUUGUUCCGUCGAGAUAUAUAUUUUUUUACUGUUAAAAUUAUGUUCCAUAAUAAUAAUAAUAAAACUAUGUGGACCACCAAUUCAAUAUAUUAGCAACUAAUCGAAAAUAUCUAUAUGUGUCCAAAUUAUAUUUUUAACCAAAACCAAAUAAAAAAAAACAACAACAACACGAUUAAAACAUUACUGAUAACACACAAAUAAUGCUUUAGCCCAUCCACAUUGAGCAACACAAAGCUACUAGCAUUUCAAUGACCAUCCAAACCGAAAAACAUGUAUAUAUAUAAGCGUAAACACAACAAACAACAAUGUAUAAUUAAAGUAUUAGAACAUUGAGAAGAAAUUCAUAUAUACAUACAUGCUUUACCAUUUAGUUGUAUAAUCUAUAAUAAAAUCCACAAAUCCAUCGAGCUCAUGCAUAGUUAAUGACAUCAGUCAAAAUGUUGAAUUAUUUCGUGGUAAUUAUUAAGAGAGAAAAAAGCACUACAAGUAAUUACGAUAAAAUUUUAAUUAAUAUUAAAAAUUGAAAAAACAAAAAACACUAACGGAGAGAGAGAUUACACACAGCAAAUAAUUAAGAAAAAAAUAAAAAAUAAAUAGAAUUUAUGGAAAAAAAUCUGUACUUACCAUAGUUGAAAAAAAUAGCAACAACAACUGCAAAACCAUUAUACAUAAUGAGUAUGAAUGAAAACCUAAAAUUAAAUAAAUAAUUGUCACAUUUAGUAAAGCAAAUAUUAAA